GAGUAGCACAUCGUCUUCCAGACUACACUUGGCCGAAGACGAGCCAUCCGACAACCUCCAGUCCUCCCACCGGUCCACAGAACCGGAAGAAGACAAUAACCGCGACGACGGCUUCAGUGAUAGCAGUGAUAGUGACUUUGAGUACACGCGCACGCCGAAAAGACGAUGCGUCAGCGUCGCGGAUAGCGGCUGCAGCACCGGGCCCAGCUCGAGUGCGAGCACUUGCUCCUCCUCCAAGAGGGUCCGCCAGGAGUGUUCGAGCAGAACGCCGGAGAGCCCUCCGGACGUCGAGAGCGGCCGCUACAGCAAACACAGGAGUCGCUGGAUGAGGAAAUCCAGGAGGAGCAUCAGGAAAAAGAUCGGAGCCGACUCUGACGAGAAUUGAGUUGGGGGUGGUUAGAGGGUUUGCGGAAACGAGGGUUGGUGUUGUGUUCGAUUGAGUGAACGGUGGGGAACAAACCAUCAUGGUAAGAAGUCUCGAAUCUGGUUAUGAUUUUCGUACAAUAUAUAAUAUAUUCCGAUCUAGAAUAAAUGUGUUGCCUUCAUUGAAAAUAUCCAUCAAAUAUACGUAUUCAAAUUUUCGGCUACUCAAAUUUCCAACAGAUGAUCAAGAACCUGCAGAGGAAAAGUACCCUCAACUGAAUACAUCAGAAGUGGGAUAUUCAUAGACAUACGCCUAAAACCCUCCGAUGAGUCAGUGACGGUGAAUAAUGACUUUCUAGUUAGCUUUUUGCAUAAUAUGAAAUUAUUGUUAUUCUUUUUACUAGUCCUCGUUUCUGACAUAUCCUAAUAUUUUUAUCUUCAAUGCGAUAUUUUAUAUAGUGUGGUUGCAAUUACUUUCUUUUUAUUUAUGAUUUUAUGUAUCGUCAACAUAUGAAAAUAUAUAUGGAAAAAUUUGUA